AACGGAGAAGCUACCGACGAGCGAGCGCAGAUGGCACCGUACACUUCCUUAUUCGUCGUGGGGGGAGCUCGUUACAAGUUUCGAGUGAAAAUAACAUAAACAACCAAUUGUGAAAUCCAAGCGACAUUUGUGGUCACUUGCUUAGAAGAAAGCUCCGUAAUCGGAAAAACAACGGCUGUUGCCGUCGCAAGGUCGCCCGCUAGCUAACCUGGCUAACGCUAGCAAGCCGAACAGACUGGCAGCAGGAAGCGAGUGAAGCGGGGGCGGUGGGAGCCCGCAGUGCGAGCCGUGCAGCGCUCUCCUCUCCUCUCCUGUCCCUCAGCUCGGUUAUCGUUAUCUAGCUACACCGCUGCGUUAUCGAGUGACGCUUGGAGUUGGGAAUAAAACCCCCCACACAGCUGGAUCCUUCCGUCUUAUGGCGCCGCUAGUCGACUGAGUGGAAUCAGCCGCCCGCCACGACGAAGACCCGACGACAGAAAGGAAGGAGUCGAGCAACCAAAUGCCAUGGAUUUAAAAACUGCAGUGUUCAAUGCUGCCAGAGACGGCAAGCUUAAGUUACUUCAAAAACUUUUGGAGAAUAAAAUUGACCAUGAGAUUCUAAAAUUGAUAUCUGAGAAGACAAAUGGAGCCACACCACUUUUGAUGGCUGCACGGUAUGGGCAUCUUGAAUUAGUCGAAUACCUUCUGGAAUGUUGCUGUGCACCGGUUGAAAUGGGAGGUUCGGUUAAUUUUGACGGCGAGACUAUUGAAGGAGCCCCGCCACUAUGGGCUGCGUCGGCAGCUGGACAUUUGAAAAUAGUGCAGUCUUUGCUCGGACACGGUGCGGCUGUAAAUAAUACCACACUUACCAACUCUACACCUUUAAGGGCUGCUUGCUUUGAUGGCCAUCUAGACAUUGUCAAGUAUUUGGUGGAGCACAAAGCAGACUUGGAAGUGGCCAAUCGGCAUGGUCACACAUGCCUCAUGAUAUCUUGUUAUAAAGGCCACAAGGAGAUUGCUCAGUAUCUACUGGAGAAAGGUGCUGAUGUAAAUAGGAAAAGUGUCAAAGGUAACACAGCGUUGCAUGACUGUGCUGAAUCUGGAAGUUUGGAGAUCAUGAAAAUGCUACUUAAGUAUGGUGCCACGAUGGAAAAGGAUGGUUAUGGAAUGACCCCAUUGCUCUCAGCCAGCGUCACUGGGCACACAAACAUAGUAGAUUUCCUUACACAACACCCCCAGACAAACAAAAUGGAACGGAUUAACGCUUUGGAAUUGCUGGGUGCUACAUUUGUUGACAAAAAGAGAGAUCUUUUGGGAGCACUGAAAUACUGGAAAAGAGCCAUGGAGAUGCGAUACUGUGAUAGCAGCAAUAUACUUGUGAAAGACGAACCUAAGGAACUUAUAAUGGCAUAUGAUUACGCCAAGGAGGUUAGUAGCAAUGAAGAGCUGGACAGUUUGAUUUCAGACCCAGAUGAGAUGAGAAUGCAGGCGCUACUUAUUAGGGAACGUAUACUUGGCCCGUCGCACCCAGACACGUCGUACUACAUUCGUUACCGAGGAGCUGUUUAUGCAGAUUCUGGAAAUUUUGAGAGGUGCAUCAAUUUGUGGAAGUAUGCUCUGGACAUGCAGCAAAAUAAUUUAGAGCCUCUUAGUCCCAUGACAGCCAGCAGCUUGCUUUCCUUCGCUGAACUCUUCUCCUUCAUGCUGCAAGACCGAGCCAAAGGCCUUUUAGGAACCUCUGUCUCCUUUGGUGACCUCAUGGGCAUACUCAGCAAAAGUGUGCUGGAGAUUGAGCGAGCUGUGAAACAGCCGCACCCAGGCCCGGAGCCAGCUCAGCUCAGCAAGGCGCUCUCCAUCAUCCUGCACCUCAUAUGCUUGCUGGAGAAAGUCCCGUGCACCGUCGAGCAGGAUCACUUCAAGAAGGAGACCAUCUACAAGUUCCUCAAGCUGCAGCCGUGUGGUAAGAACGGGUACAGUCCCCUGCACCUGGCCGUGGAUCGGAACACCACUUGCGUGGGUCGCUACCCCGUUUGCAAGUUUCCCUCGUUCCAAGUGACGUCCAUUCUUCUGGAGUGUGGCGCGGACGUGAACUGCCGCGAUGAGGAUAACAACAGCCCUCUGCACGUGGCGGCCUCUAACAACCACCCUGACAUCAUGAACCUGCUGAUCGCCUGCGGCACGCACUUUGACAGCACCAACUCCUUCAAACAGACUGCUUGUGAUUUGCUGGAUGAGAAGGAAAUGGCCAAGAACCUUAUUCAGCCUAUAAAUCACACCACACUACAGUGUUUAGCUGCACGGGCCAUCAUCAAGUACAAUCUCACAUACAGGGGAAACAUCCCGGAGAAGCUGGAGGCUUUUGUGCUGCUACACAGAUAAUGACUGGAGGACUGUGGGGUUGAUGAAAAGCAUCUUGGAGUCUGGAGCCUGUUUUAAGUACCUCCUUUCUCCACAUGAGCUGUUUGUACAGAAUAAAGCUAGACAGAGGUGGAUAAUAGAUUGUUUCUAUUCUGUGGGCAUGCCUAAUAUUUUUAACAAAUCCCCUAUGCUUAUUUCUUGCUGUUUAUUAAUACCUUUGCAUUUCUGCCUGAUCCCUCUGCUUUGUAUUUCUUUCUUUAUACAAAGGUGGUGGGACAUGUCCAGUUGGGUCCUCACUUCCUUGCUGGUAUUUGGUCAUAAUACUGCUGUUCUCCAGGUUCAUGGUUAUGCCCUUAUUGCAUUGUCUUUGUUGGGUGGAAUGCACUCAUUACUCCCUUCAAGCAUAACAAGGCUUUAUGAUGUGGUUAAUGUUUGCAAAUGCCAUAAGUGCUUUAUUUCUCCUAUGCACAGCCUAUGAUAUUGCGACUGUUCUGUGUUACCGGACUGUGUCACUGUUUUGUAACUGCCUGUUUUUAGUCAUCUUCCUCAGGCUUCCUUAAAAUGCAAAUUAGUAACUAAAUCUGCACCAAGGAAGUAAUUGAGGUUUAUGAAGUAAUCAUGUGUUCAGAGGUAAAGUCUAGACUUCCUCCCCCCAAACCUAAUGUAAGGGGACCUUUGAGGCCAGCCACAAAUCUAGACAAAGGUUGGUUCCAUUUUCUUCAUGCACAGCAUGCAUUUAAGUUGUUAUAGUUUGUCGUCAAUGCUCAUAUUCUCAGAGAUCUGCUCUGUUGAAUCAAAUUUUGUCAACAUUUGAAAUAUGAUCUAAUAACUACUACUUUGCUCAGAUUAUUAUUCCAGCUACAGUUGUGCAGUUUGAAAACAAGGGCUUUUCAUAUUUAAGAGCACAUUUCAGAAGCAAAAGAAACUAAUGUACAGUACUAGCUAUCAGAGAACUUGCACUUUAUUGCAUUGGUAUUUCAAAAUUCCUUUUUUCAAUUGGUUUUCAAUGUCCUCAGAGCAUAUUUAACAAUAAACUUUUGUUGCACUUCUUA